AACCCCUCCGUAUCACCUUCCACCCAGCACAGCGCUCCCUGGGUUGAACGGAGCGGAGAAAUGUAAACGCACCGAACGGGCUCACGCUCGCUGUCCAGUCCGGUCCGGUCCGGUCCGGUGUUGGCUCAGGGACGCCCUUGGCGGGGGCGGGUCCUCCCAUUCCGGAGGUUCCGGGAGAAUAGGAGGCGCUCGCUCUCCUCCCUGGGCAGCUGGCCCGGUCUCGGUGCAGGGAGAGGGAGGGAGCGCUGGCCACGGGGGAGGAAUGGAGAGCAGCAGCCCGAGUCCCAGCCCCGGCGCUGAGCUGGGCCUGGACGCCCGGCUGGGUGUGGACACGCGCCUCUGGGCCAAGGUGCUGUUCGCCGCUCUCUGCUCGCUCAUCUUGGCGCUGGGCGCGGCGGGCAGGGCGCUGUCCGUGCGCGUGGUGCUGAAGGGGCGCGCCGGGCCCCCGGGGCGCCUGCGCUACCACGUAUUCAGCCUGGCGCUCUCGGCGCUGCCGCUGUGGCCGGUGGGUGUGCCCGUGGAGCUCUUCAACUUCGUGUCGUUCCAUUACCCCUGGGUGUUCGGCGACCCGGGCUGCCGCGCUUACUACUUCGUGAGCGAGCCGUGCGUCUACGCCACGGUGCGCACCGUAGGUGGCCCGAGCGCCUAGCGCUGCCUGGCCGUGCGCCAGCCCCCGCGCGCCCGCCGUCUGCUGUCGCUCUUCUGGGCCGACGCCCUGCCCAUGGCAGUCAUCACCGGGCAGAAGCACGAGCUGGAGAAGGCUGGCGGGGAGCCGGAGCCCGCUUCGCGCGUGUGCACGGUGCUGGUGAGCCGCGCCACGCUCCAGGUCUGCAUUCAGGUGAACGUGCUGGUGUCUUUCGUGCUCCCCUUGGCGUUAACUGCCUUCCUGAACGGGGUCAGUGUGAGCCACUUGGUGGCCCUCAGCUCCCAGGUGCCAUCCCUUUCUGCCCCGGCAGCCCCGUCCCCCGACCACGUGGAGCUAAUGAGCGAGGAGAGGAGGAAGCUCCCCUGGAGGGCCACACCAGCCUGCACACUCUACGCCUACCUGGUGACAGACGCCCUCUUCUACGUCAGUUCAGCGGUGACCCCUGUCCUGAACAACGCUGUGUCGUCCUCCUUCAGAAAACUCUUCCUGGAAGCCCUGGGCUCCCUGUGUCGAGAAGGCCACCCCCGUGGAACCCUGCCCCCCCCCCGGAGAACCCCGGGCCCCACGGCUGCAGGCUCUAGGGAUCCCUCAGACGCCUCGCGCUGGAUGCAAGAGAAGAACGAGCAAAGCGGACCGUGA